CCCUGGCAUCUCAUUAAGGCGAGUGUGUUCCUCUCGCCCUGUCAAUAAUCUCCGCUCCCAGACUACUCCGUUCCUCCGGAUUUCGAUCCCCCUUUUUCUAUCUGUCAAUCAGCGCCGCCUUUGAACUGAAAAGCUCAGUCUAACUUCAACUCACUCAAAUCCGAGCGGCACGAGCUCCUUCGGUGUCUUCGGCUUCCCCCCCCUUUGCUCUUAUAUCUGACUUCUUGUUGUUGUUGUUUUUUUUUACCCCCCUUUUUUAUUUAUUAUUUUUUUGCACAUUGAUCGGAUCCUUGGGAACGAGAGAAAAAAGAAACCCAAACUCACGCGUGCAGAAGAUCUCCCCCUUCCCCUCCCCUCCUCCCUCUUUUCCCCUCCCCAGGAGAGAAAGACCCCAAAGCAGGAAAAAAAAAAAGUUAACCUUGGACUCGUCUUUUUCUUGCAAUAUUUUUUGGGGGGGCUCGCAAAACUUUUUUUUUUUUUUUUUUUUUUGCUUUUCUUCCUCCUUCAUUUUUCUUCCAAAAUUGCUGCUGGUGGGUGAAAAAAAUGCCGCAGCUGAACGGCGGUGGAGGAGAUGACCUAGGCGCUAACGACGAACUGAUCUCCUUCAAAGACGAGGGCGAGCAGGAGGAGAAGAACUCGGAAAACUCCUCGGCGGAGAGGGAUUUAGCCGAUGUCAAGUCGUCGCUGGUCAAUGAAUCAGAGACGAAUCAAAACAGCUCCUCCGAUUCCGAGGCGGAAAGACGGCCUCCGCCUCGCUCCGAAAGUUUCCGAGAUAAAUCCCGGGAAAGUUUGGAAGAAGCGGCCAAGAGGCAAGAUGGAGGGCUCUUUAAGGGGCCACCGUAUCCCGGCUACCCCUUCAUCAUGAUCCCCGACCUGACGAGCCCCUACCUCCCCAACGGAUCGCUCUCGCCCACCGCCCGAACCCUCCAUUUUCAAUCCGGCAGCACUCAUUACUCUGCGUACAAAACGAUUGAACACCAGAUUGCAAUUCAGUACCUUCAGAUGAAAUGGCCACUGCUCGAUGUCCAGGCAGGAAGCCUCCAGAGCAGACAAGCCCUCAAGGAUGCCCGCUCACCAUCACCCGCACACAUCGUUAGCCCCCUCCCUUGCUGCACUCAGGGACAUGCCUGUCAGCACUUCUACCCCCCCUCAGACUUCACUGUCAGCACGCAAGUCUUCAGGGACAUGAAAAGCAGCCACUCCUUACAAAAGGUUGGGGAGCCCUGGUGUCUGGAGUCGAACAAAGUGCCGGUGGUGCAGCAUCCCCACCAUGUCCACCCACUCACGCCUCUCAUCACCUACAGCAAUGAACACUUCACCCCGGGAAAUCCACCUCCACACUUACCAGCCGAUGUAGACCCCAAAACAGGAAUCCCACGGCCUCCGCAUCCUCCAGACAUUUCUCCGUAUUACCCACUGUCGCCCGGCACUGUGGGACAAAUCCCCCAUCCGCUAGGAUGGUUAGUACCACAGCAAGGUCAGCCUGUGUACCCCAUCACGACAGGAGGGUUCAGACACCCCUACCCCACAGCGCUGACAGUCAACGCUUCUAUGUCUAGCUUUCUGUCUUCUAGGUUCCCUCCCCAUAUGGUCCCUCCCCAUCAUACUCUCCACACGACCGGCAUCCCCCAUCCGGCCAUCGUCACACCAACAGUCAAGCAGGAAUCCUCACAGAGUGACGUCGGCUCACUCCAUAGCUCAAAGCAUCAGGACUCCAAAAAGGAAGAAGAAAAGAAAAAGCCCCACAUAAAGAAGCCCCUUAAUGCGUUCAUGUUGUACAUGAAGGAGAUGAGGGCGAAGGUGGUGGCCGAGUGCACACUCAAGGAAAGUGCAGCCAUUAACCAGAUCCUUGGGCGCAGGUGGCAUGCCCUGUCCAGGGAAGAGCAAGCCAAGUACUACGAGCUGGCCCGGAAGGAACGACAGCUUCACAUGCAGCUGUAUCCUGGCUGGUCUGCACGGGAUAACUAUGGGAAGAAGAAGAAGAGGAAACGGGACAAGCAGCCGGGUGAGACCAAUGAACACAGCGAAUGUUUCCUAAAUCCUUGCCUUUCACUUCCUCCGAUCACAGACCUGAGCGCUCCUAAGAAAUGCCGAGCGCGCUUUGGCCUUGAUCAACAGAAUAACUGGUGCGGCCCCUGCAGGAGAAAAAAAAAGUGCGUUCGCUACAUACAAGGUGAAGGCAGCUGCCUCAGCCCACCCUCUUCAGAUGGAAGCUUACUAGACUCUCCUCCCCCGUCCCCGCAUCUGCUAGGCUCCCCUCCCCAAGACGCCAAGUCACAGACUGAGCAGACACAGCCACUCUCACUGUCCCUGAAGCCCGACCCUCUGGCCCACCUGUCCAUGAUGCCACCGCCACCUGCGCUCCUGCUGGCUGAAGCUGCCCACGGCAAGGCCUCCGCCCUCUGUCCCAACGGGGCCCUGGACCUGCCACCUGCUGCCCUGCAGCCACCCAUGGUCCCCUCCUCAUCGCUCGCACAGCCGUCAACAUCUUCCUUACAUUCCCACAACUCUCUGGCUGGGACCCAGCCCCAGCCUCUGUCUCUGGUGACCAAGUCUUUAGAAUAGCUACACCUCGUCCACCGUCCCCUGCUUGAUUGAAGUGUUUCCUUCCGGUUCUUGGUUUGCCCCCCGCCCCCCCCCGCUUGGAAAGCUUUUGUUUUGUACUCUUCAUUUUGUGCCACCGUGGCUACAUGAGUUGAUGUUUAUCGAGUUCAUUGGUCAAUAUUUGACCCGUUCUUACUUCACUUUCUCCUUUUAAAUAUGUAGAUGAGAGAAACCUCAUGAUUCUACCAAAAUUUUUAUCAACAGCUGUUUAAAGUCUUUGUAGCGUUUAAAAAAUAUAUAUAUAUACAUAACUGUUAUGUAGUUUGGAUAGCUUAGUUUUAAAAGACUGAUUAAAAAGUGAAAAGAAAAAAAAAGAGAGAAGCAGUUUGGAAGCACCCUCCAGAAGGAGUUGGUUCUGUAUUAUUUGUAUUAAAUACGAGCUUGCGAGCCAAUCACUUUACAUCUCGGUUUUUAAACCACGAGGGCACGAUGGAUGCAGUGCCAUUUCUUUCUUUUUCUUCCUUUUUUUUUUCCCUCUGUGUGAAACGACUUUUAUUGUGAUGUUACUUGUUAUUGUUUAAAUGUACAGAAACAAAGGGUUAAAAUGUGUUAAUAUACCUUGUUCCAUGGUGUUGUUCUUUUGGGGGGAGGGGGACGCUACUCACCAUGAACGGAAUCCACGCUGUUGGACCAGUAGUAUUUAUUGCUUUAGAGGUUGCUUGCACCUGUGCGUCCGUCCCUUUUUAAGUAUGUUUUUUUUCUUGAAACUGUAUAAAGUCCCUCCCCCUUAGCAUAAGCAUCUUAUAUAUAACAACUCAUUUGUACAAGGUUUUUAAGUUUAUAUAUAAAAUGUGUAUAUAUUUUUUUGUUUCCUUUUUUUGGCUUUUGUUUGUUUGUUUAUUUCUGUGUAAAACCCAGAUGCCACCAAAUGGACAAUAAUAGUUGCAUUAAGGAUCGGUAGCAUUAACAAAAGUUGCUUUAAAAGCCAUUUUGUAAAACAAGACUUGAACAUUAGUGAGAGAAUCUUAGCAGCUGUCUGAGCAGCCGUGGGAACCGCCCUGUUUCCCCCCGACCUCCUAGUCAAUUGCCCUGUGCUCUUAGAACAUGGACUGACCGUGUGCAAAACUUUUAUGUGCCAAAAUUCUCAGUGACUUUAGCUUUCUCCCUCUUUUUUGAUGCUGUACUUUCUGUUCGCCAUGUUUUGCUGUGACGUUACAUAGAUAGAUUUGUAUGUAGUUUUAAUGUCACCUAUAACAAAAUGUGUUUGGUAGCAGACUGUCCAGAAAGCAUUUUAAAUGAAGAGGUCUAAACCCUUAAGGGCCCAAAAUUCUGUAUAUUAGAUUACUCUUAAAUGAAAAAAAAAAAAAAGAAAAAAAAAACCAGCUGCCGCUUUUAUGUACACAUAUUACAUACAAGUAGGUGGUGAACUUUAAAAACAAGAAAACCUAGGCAUGCUGAUGUUGUAAAAUGCUGUACAAAGCUGGGACCUGUUCCUUCAGUGCCAUCGUAGUUGACAUGAAGCGAUUGUAAAACUGUCUCCGGUUUUCUCUGGUUUAUUAAAAUGCUAACUAUAACAUUUUUUUGUGAAUACUUUGAAUGUUCCCUAACAGUUGUGAUGUUACUGUUCUGUUUGAUGCUUAUUCCAAGUUCCUUUUGAAUGGUUUGGAAGCCAUUUUUGUAAUGAAUAAAUGUCCAUGCUGUAUAGUAUCCGUAGCAUGCCAUUCUGGAUUAAUAAAAGCAACUUAGUAUGUGCAGAGAAA